UUUUAAAUUUAAUAGUUAACUAUAGUAUUUGUAUAAUAAUUACUUAAAUAUGCGUUUAAACAACAUUUUGAAUUAUCGCGAUAUGCGCCGAUAUACAAAAAAUCCACUUGAAGUGAAAUUUGAAGAACUGUUGCCGCUUAAAUUGAAAAAUAAAGUAUCUGGCAAAGGAGAUAGAUCCAAAGAACGUGCAUGUGUUCAUGAAAUAUCUGUUAUGUUUGCCUGUUUCAAAAAAAAUGAAUUUGACCAAGCUCGCUGUUCAGAUGAAAUAACCAAGUUUCAAGCAUGUGCUACUAAAAAUUAUGCUGACAAGUUCAAAAGAAAACAAGACAGGCAAGAAGGAAAUAUUUCGUUGGGGAAGGAUAAUCUUACACCUAGAGAAAUCAAUUAUCUUCUGAAAAAAUAUCCAAAUCCGUAAAAUUUGUAUUUAGGUAUAUAGGACUUAUGUGUAGCUAUUUAAACUUAAAUAUUUAUUUAAAAU